AUGGCGGUCAGUGAAAUGAGUGAUGCAUCAGUGGGUGAGAUGAUGGCACCCAAGUUCACACAGCCACUGAAAGAUUUGACUAUCAAGUCUGGUCAACGUGUAUGUCUACAGUGCAGGGUGUCAGGCCAUCCUAUGCCUGAAGUUCAGUGGUUCAUGGACACUAAGCAGCUGGAGAGCUCGCCAGACUUCCAGAUUACAGCCUUUGCUGAUGUCCACUCACUGACUAUCCCAGAGGUCUUUGAAGAGGACAGUGGCAGCUACAUGGUACGUGCAUUUAAUUCUGCAGGGGAAGCUACUUGCCUUGCUCGCCUCACAGUGCAGCCAGUACCAGAGGAGAUAAUGCAGCAACGCAUUGUACCAAGACGGCAGCAAAUACCACAACGACCUCCAGAAUUCACCAGACUUUUUCAAGACCUUAAUGCCAAGCCUGGUGACUCAGUCACCUUUGAGUGUGUCAUAACAGGCUCACCCAAGCCAAAAGUUUCAUGGCUUUCAAUGGGGAGCCAUUGGUAUCUCAGGACUACCAAGUGUCCAUGGAAGGUGACACAUACAGACUUACCAUUCCAGAAGUGUUUGAUGAGGAUGCUGGCCGCUUCUCAGUCACAGCUGAGAAUCCGUCAGGCAAGGCCACUUGCUCUGCUGUUCUGACUGUUGCACCACCUCUGCCUUCAGUCCCUGCUCCAGGACCAGCUGUACGACCUGCUCGAACAGUCUCCAUUGAUCUGCCAGACACUUUGGCACUUGUGCCCAGUACUGGUAUAGCUGCCCCACAGAUAGGACCAACUGG